AUGCGGAGCAAAAAGAAUUCAGUGAAGAGUGCUCACACGACGCGCAAUGAGGAUGUUUUGGUCUGCACGGCAUCACCAUCAGGUGAAAAAGAAAACCGUCAAACGGUGGAUAAGGAUGGUAAUAUCCCUAUCACUGAUGAGGCACAACGGUUAUUUGAUACCGUACAGAUGCGAGUACAAGAGAGCAUUGACAAGACAAUUAGAGAAAUUGCGUCAACGAUGAAAGAGCCCACAGAAGAACCGCGAUGGCCGCUAGCUAUUCGAAUAGCAAAUACAGGAUAUCAGUUUCCAGGUUGUUAUGAAAUCAAUACCUGGUAUAGCGCUCCAUACCCUCAAGAAUACGCACAUGUGCCGAUAUUGCAUAUUUGUGAAUUUUGUCUCAAAUACAUGAAAACGGAAACGAUACUGGCGCAGCAUUUGAAAAAAUGUGAAUGGCGUCAUCCGCCUGGAAAUGAGAUUUACCGAGAUAAGAAUGUAUCUGUAUUUGAGGUGGAUGGGAAUGUUUCAAGGUCAGUUUACAUGACUUUUACGAUUCAGUUGCCUUUACAAUGAUU